AUGUCGCCGCGGCGCAUUCAGUGCUCAACAACUGUCAUCACGGAGGGACGAGACCUUCCCGAGGGGGUCUGGGAUGUGUUCAAGCUCUUCCUAACUACCCAGGCUCGGCGCGACGAGCUGUUCAAGGCGAAGAACGCCGGCGAGCUCAACCCGCACAACCUGCUCUCCAAAAUGAACCUCUGGUGGACCAUGCAGAUUCUCGACUGA